AUAUAUCAAUAAGAAUUUUGUUUUAGCAAUAUUCCCAUAUAAAUUACAGGAUUCUCUAAAAUACAUGCCACGAAAGAAGUAGUAAAACAAACUCGAAUUUCCCGCAGAAAUUUUAUCGAGCACCCUAUAGGUAGAGCGUUGCGCAGCAGUGAGGCAUCGGCGCCGUCGGCAGCGGUGGCCUCUUGUAGUUUUUGCUACGCCCUCUUCGCAUGAAAAUGAUUCUUCCUCGGCGUGCUGUAGUAGGGAUCGUCGACCAUUGGUUAUCGAACGUUUGACUGACAGUUCGACUAUCUCGUGUUAGGCUCGCGAUGAAAGGGAGAAAGAAAAACGACUUCUGGCUCCAUAUUAACGCCCACUACCGAUUCCGUGCCGUUCUUUAACUCACAUCUCUUUCUACUACGGUGUUGUUGCCCGUCACGACGCCGGUUUUAAUACGCCGAUGACUGACAGUAUAAUUUUGUAAAUUAUCGGAAGAUCGAAAAUAAAUCAAAGAGCAUUCAAAUAUAAGAGACUUCGGAGGGGCUGAGCAACGAUGGAAGCUGCUAGACAGGAAUGAUAGAAUGCAAGAGGGUAGCACCGCCGUGGCGCUAGCAAUGGUGACUCCUGGCUACGAUCAGGACCCUGCAAGUGGGGUUGCCGAUUACACAACUCAUCAAGAUCAGGCUCAAUUCGAAGCAGACAAGAGGGCAGUAUACAAACAUCCCCUCUUUCCAUUGCUCGCGUUACUUUUCGAAAGAUGCGAACAAGCUACUCAGAGCUCGGACAAUUCAACGUCCGAAAGUUUCAACAUGGACAUACAGGCCUUCGUCCAACACCAAGAAAGAGACCGAAAGCCAUUUCUGAUCAAUGACCCCGAAAUUGACGGUUUAAUGAUCAAGGCGAUACAGGUGCUACGAAUUCAUCUACUCGAACUGGAAAAGGUGCAGGAACUGUGCAAGGACUUUUGCAACAGAUAUAUCACAUGCCUGAAGGGCAAGAUGCAAAGCGAGAAUCUGCUACGCAGCGAUUACAGUCACCAUGGACACGACAUGGGUCCAUCGAGUGGCAGCAACGGGAGCAGUCCUUUGCAGGUGCUGUCUUCUACAGGCAAUGAUGUUGAGUCGGGAGCUAACGGAUUCAGAGUGAGCAGAGGUGAUAUCCUGUCGGAGAACGGUGGUGCGAGUCAGUUGGCUGCGCAAGAGGAAACCGGUAACGACAGGCCGUCGUCGGUGCGAUCAUCUUCCACUGCUCAACGCUCGAACAGAUCCUCCAGUCAAGACCAUGACGAUCCUCUAUCACCUUCUACGGUGCAUGGAAGUACACCCCUUUCGCAGAUCGGUGCUCAUUCCUGUGCGCCAGUCAACGAUAUGUAUCUUGGUCAAGAUAUCACUGUGGCGGGUUCUCCUUCACCUGCACCAAGCGAAGAUGAAGACGAAGUAUGUGGCACUGGUACUGCUACUUCCAAUCACAGUAGUAGUCAUGGAGGUAAUCAUAGUAGCGUUAAAAAAGGAAGACAAAAACGAGGUGUCUUACCUAAACAAGCUACGAGCAUUAUGCGAACUUGGCUUUUUGAACAUUUAGUUCAUCCAUAUCCCACGGAGGAUGAGAAACGUCAAAUUGCAAGUCAAACGAACUUAACGUUAUUACAAGUUAACAACUGGUUCAUCAAUGCUCGUCGACGAAUUCUUCAGCCAAUGCUCGAUGGUGCCGGGGCAGAUUCGGUGCAACGUGCUGGAAAACGUCACAAAGUAUCAAAGCACGUGGUGCAACAUCAACAUGUACAACAACAGCAAGGAGGCGGCUGGCAAUCUGAAGACUCUGGGAGCGAUUCAGGCUCCAGCGACGGUGAGGGAGGUGCCGAUAGAUCGAAAGAUGGUAAUGAUAGCGAUGAAGAUGAUCUUCACUGACCUCUGUCGAUCAUCGAAACAUCAAUCUCUUUACGGUACCUUCAAAUCCAGUUGCUCAUUACAGUAUUAAGGUAUUCGAGAAUAGAUUUCGCUUUAACUGUCAAAUACGUAAUUAUUCUCGCGAAAAUCAAGGGUAUUAUUGGUCGAGGUUAUCACGCUCUCUUGUCGGAUCCGAUAGUUUCGAUCUCCUUUUCUAUCCAUGGAGUAUCUUAGCGUUUUUAAGCGUCAUUAUUCAUUAACUACGGUCCGAGAAAGAUUGAAAAGAAAUAUUGUAUAAUUCGAUUAUGAAAUAUGUUCUCUUCUUUUUUCCUUUUCUUUUUCUCCUACUAUCCGUAAGAACAAUAUGAUCAUGAUAUGAAAAAGAAAUUCAUUAAUCGAUUUAGAAAGCAAAUUUUGAAUAUAAUGAAACUUAGGAUUGUUAUUUAAUCAGUUUUAUUGAGUCGUUGAUGAAUAAGCUACAUUGUAGCAAUUUUUCCCCUAAAAUAGUUCUUUGUUUUUCGCGAUUGUUUCUUUUUAACGAUUGUUAAUUUGCAUAAUAUAAUUUAGGAUAACGAAUGAAAAUACUACAUGUGUAGUAUAAGUUAUCAUUUGUAUCAUUUAUUAAACCAUAGAUCUACGAUAUUUGUUGAACAUCUUUUAAUUAAUUAAUUUUAAUUAAAGCGUGGUUCUUAUAUCAAUAAUUUAUAGGAACAAAUUAUUUUUCGAAAAGAACUUGAAUAUUUGCACUAUGAGAGAUUGUUAGAGGUCGUAACAAACAUAUUUGCCUGUAAUAUGUACAUUCUUUUCUAUGGUGUAGAGUAUGAACAAAUGUUUCACUCAUUUAAUGAUAAAAAAAAAAGUUAAAUCUAAGGUGACAACAAAAAACUCAACGUUAAUGUUUAUAUAUUUUUAUAUCAAGACUUUAUUUCUUUCGAAAUGCGUUUUCUUGACAGCAAACGUCUUUCAAUGUUUAACAAUAAUAAAAAAAAAACAGAACAAGA